AUGCCAUGUCGGCCAGCGCCUCUUCAUGCACGGCGUAUCCCCUUGAGCGCAAGGACCCGAUGGGCGGAGCCGCCCUCGAUUCCACGUCCGGCCACGGAACGGAAGGGCCGAGCGCAGAGAGGACAGGCACAGGAUCUGCUGGACGUGCUGCGCUUCGAGGCCUCGGACACCGAGGCCUCGGAGAGCGACGGCGUCCCGGAGGAGGAGGUGGGCGCCGACUCCAGGGUCAUCACCAGCCUCCAACGUUCCGUGGGACUCCGUGGCUUAGUGGCUGGACCCAUGGGGGAAGGCCUAGUCACUUCCCGCAUGCCAGGCUUUGGUCGGGGGGUGCCGCCCUCCACGCGCAUUGAGCAGUGUGUGGCUGUGGGCUUCAGUGAGGCUGAGGUGCGCUUGGAGGGGAGCCGCUUCUUCGUGCUAACCACUGCGCAUGAUGGCUUCAACCUCACUUGGCUACCUUCCAUGAAAUCUGGCGAAAUGUCCGCACGUGAUGAUCCCGGCUGGACCCAAGUGGCUCUUUUACCCUUUUGCUCAGCAUUUUCCAAACAUGAGGGGUUGGCUGCCAAGGGUCCCAGAACACGGCAGGCCUCUGCCCAUGCCACUGCGGAGAUCGGCGAUCCCACGCAAACGCCCGACGUGCUGGGCGAGGAAUUGCAGCAGAAGGGCCUGGAAGGGGUCUAUGCUUUGAUUUUCAUUCUGGCCAAGCUCUUUGCGAGCCCACAGAAUGCAUUCCUGGCGAUGGAGCCGGAGAACGGACAAGUGAGCACCCUUGGUCUCGAGAACUUCUUACGGAGGCAAAUCCGCCACGAUGUGGAAGCCUUGACGGGCCUCAAAGUGGUUCAGCUUUUCAAAGAGCUCGACAAGCGUGAAAAUGGCUACAUCUCCUUGGAGGACCUCAUUUGCAGCAAUCCAGAGAAUCAGCAACAGCAAUGUACUUGCGAAGAGGGGGACAAGUGCAUCUCAGAGGUCUGGAAGCAGGGUGGCCAACAGGACAGCACCGAGUUCGGCCGCACCAUCUCCCCCAGCACGCAGUCUAACCACAGCGGAGCAGACAAAAGGAAGGGCGGUGGCAUCGUUUCUCUGAAGACUCUGAAGUGGACUAAGCAGGCCAACCGGCGGAAAGAGCUCACUUCCGCUGCCACUGCGGAUGGAAGGAGCGACGUGGGCUCGCAGACCACCCGCGCCGAGAUUCACCGGCGCAACGACCUGAUCCGAAAGGAGCGUGACUCCAGCAACGUGCAGGACACUCACCUUGACCUGGACAGAGAACGGUUCAUCACCACCGUGCAACGGACCACAGUCCUGCAUCCUUUGGACUACCAGGUCUCGCGCCGGGCCAUUGAGGAGAUGGAGUCCAAGCGGCGCUUGGUGCAGCGCUUGGCCGCCGAGGCUGAAGCGGCCUUUGCGCGGAAGAAGGGCCAGGCUGCAGGGGAAGAUCUGGAUGGCGCCAAGGAGGAUCCCAAUCCCAAGAGCCUCGUGGAGAUGCUUGUGCCAAGACAUCGGCCACAUCGCUUUGUUGAGAAGAAAACACCUUAA